AUGGUGGGUAAUAAAUACUUUGAGUCUGAUGGCAAGCACUUUAUCGAAGUACAGGAAUUGAUUCCGGCUACCGGCGGAAAGUAUCAGAUAGUCAAGAAAGUAAUAGAGACCACGCCUCCAUCAGCUGUAAUCCCUGCACUAACUCUGCCAGAUGAUACCGUGAAGGAAAGUGUAGGUCGUAACGAUGGUAUUUGGUACGAGCCUUCAGGUCAAUGGUCCUACCCUAAACUACUAUUUUCUCCACAACAUGGUUGGCGCGAGAUGAGUGCAAAAGAAGUUCAAGGAUUAGACGAAGUCCUGCCAAUUGCAGAAUAUGACUCACCUACCCAUCCAAUUAAAACGCUUUCAAGUCAGGAUCGGGAUGUGUCUCCCUAUCAUAAAAAUGCGGUAACUCGACGAUAUAAUGUGAAAAGUCCUAAUAUCGCGACGAUUUUUCGUGAUGGCCAAUGGCAGGACGAAUCACAUUUGCAACAUGAAAAGUCUGCUCAACAAACAGGAGUCAAUGGGAAAGCUCAGAACAAAGAAUUUUCGGGAAGUACGGGAUCCGCAUUUGUGGACUACAUUCGCCAUCAACAACCGAGAAAGAUCCAGUUCUCGGACAAUUCAACAAUCGAUCAGUGUGGUUAUGCUGGCACAACGAAAGGGCAAAGCGAUUUCUGGUUACUCCGAACAGAACCAUGUGAUGAUAAGUCAGUACAAGGUCUUAUAUUACUGCCAAAUGGAGAAGUGCUAAAAUUCUACGGUCAUCCGCAGCUUGUUACGGUAUAG